AUGGGUAGUGGUUUAGUUUAUCUUCGAUUACUUACGAUAUUUGUCAGUCUUCUGUAUGCUCAGCUUGCAUUCGUGGCUGCAGAUCACGUUGGCACUAACUCAGCAGAGUGUACCGUUCAGCUGGGACCUCAAUCCACAGCCCAAGGUGUUCCAAAUAUCACAUUUAAUGGAGUGCAAUUUUGUGAAUAUCUUGGUAUUCGGUACGCAAAGCCUCCCGUUGGGUUGCUUCGAUUUGCAGAUCCAGUGUUCGAGAAACCAGAAGGUCACAACAACUACACUGCGUACGGGAACAAAUGCCCACAGUAUGAAAACAUCAGCAAGCAGACAUCCGUGAUCGGAGCAGAGGACUGUCUGGUUUUGAAUAUUUUCACAACAGUGAACAAUAUGAAUAGCCGUGAUAGUAGUGCUACACGUGUACGAGCACGCGCUCGGCGCGUCUUGCUCCCAGUGAUGGUGUUAAUCCAUAGUGGUAGUCAUGUGAUCGGUUCCGGCGAAGUUCAUGGCGUCGAUUUGCUUAUGGAAAAUGAUGUGAUCGUAGUAACGAUCAACUAUCGACUUGGAGUGAUUGGAUUUUUGAAGGAUGAAAAGAACAACAUCACGGGAAACUAUGGACUGAAGGAUCAACUCGUGGCUCUCCAGUGGAUACAGCGCUAUGUUAGCUAUUUCGGUGGUGAUCCCAAUCGUGUCACGGUUAUGGGACACAGUGCUGGUGCUGGUGAUCUCUCCCAUCACCUGUAUAGCGAUCGGGCUCGAGGGUUGUUUCAGGGAGCUAUUCUUCUAAGCGGCUCGAUGCUAGCACCUUGGGCGAUGCUUUACGAAGGCGAAAAAUGCAUGGAUAAUUAUGUGCGAGACCUCAACGUGUCGACACUGCAAGAGCUUCGUGGGAAAGCAUUUGAUGAGUUGUUCCUGGCAUAUGACAGACUUCGGCACUGCUUUGCCUUUGCCGGUAUGCUCUACCCAUGUUUCCUUCCGACGUUAGAGGAUCACCCCGACGAUGAAGCGUCAUACUUCAAGAAGUCCCCUCACCAGCUCGUUCGAACGAAGGCUCCACAUGCGAUGCCGAUGUUGAUGAGUGAAACCUCCACCGAGGUUGAGCUCAUGCUAAAGCAUAUGCCGGCAUUCUGGAAGGGCAAUAACUACCCCAACAAUCGACGUCGUGAGCACAUGCAGGAGAUUUCAGAAAUGUUGGAGAACAUUGGUAUCAAGGUGGUCUCGGAAGGAUUAGAAGACUCACCGAGCCAAUUCUAUCGCAAGAUGGCAAGCAUGGCCAACUUGCAUUAUCCUAUCAAACGGUUACUGAAGGAGACUGCGCAACGGUUGGACACCGAGCAGGUUUACUAUUUACGCUUUCAGUUCGACGGAAAGUUUGGAGAAUACAAGAACAAAAUAUUUGCUCACUACGUGGACAACUCGGUGUACGGUGCGAUCCACGGAGACGAUCUUGGCUACAUUUUUAGCCCUUUUAACCUGAAGGAGGCACUAGAAAAUCCGAACAAAUUCCGCCGUGAGUUAUCGGUGCACAUCAAAACGGUAGAGCUGAUAGCCAAUUUCGUUAAAUAUGGAAACCCGACACCGAAACGCAGUAAACUGUCCGACCUCGUCUGGCCUUCUUAUAGCGAGUCACGGAAUCAAACGCAAUACCUGAACAUAGACGACGAGUUUCAAGUGCGAAAUGUCGAAGAUCGACGAAAUAUUUACUUCAUGAUUUGGCGAAUCAUUUAUGAAUGCCUUUACUACGAACAAUGUGAGGCCAUCGCGAAACUCCGUCAGCUUUCAACAGGGAAUAAUACAGUUCUGAACUGGAUGAACUUCCUGAACAAAUAGACAAACAUAUUUGCUUCAUUAAUAUACCUUACCGUAAAGAAUAUUAGUGCUAUUGCUUUUAAAUCCGUCUAAAAAUAAAGGUUUGAAAAGUC